ACAUUGUCAUGGAUAAGAUGAAGAACUCUCAUGUGGAGAACCACAACAUGAUUGAGGGUCUGCAGUCAGAGCUGGCGAGGUUACAGGAACAUUCACACCAAGUUCUUUUGAGGUAUGACAGACACUGUAUCAGUCCUCAGAGUCUCUACACUCGAGAUCCUCCAAACCACCGCUCUCUGCGGAGCGAGAUGCAAGAUUUGCCGCAGCAGCCUCACCGAGCUCUGGAUGACAUUAGCCUCCCGUCCCUGCACACGCACAGUGAUGACAUUCAGAGCAUCAUCCACAGGAUCAAGUCUGCAGAAAUAGUUAAUCUUCUGCACAAUAAGUAUCCUGAGAAAGAGUCUGCUCCUGUAGAGACACAGGAGAGGCCUUUAUCUCUCCGCCAGCAGCAACAGGCAAGCAUCAAGCAGCAGCUUGUCAAUGUGCUGCAGGAGCUAGAGCUGCACAAGUGUGUGUGGGAGGAGAAAGGGGAGAAGGUGGAGGAGCGGUGGAGAGCCUGGGACAAGGGGCAAAAGCAAACUGAGAGCCAGACUCACAUCCAGGAUGCCAAAACGGUGGCUUUGGUGAACUGGUGGAAAGCCCACAGCGUGGAGGGGGCUAAGGCCCGGACAAAAGAACCCCACCCUGGCCAGGAGCUCUCUGAGACACAAAUAAAGCUCCAGCAAGCAGAGCGGCCCAUCACUGAUAUGAGGGAGCAGGUCUGCCUCCUGCAAGCCUCUCUCAGAUCUGCCACCGAGCAAAAGAACAGAAAUCUUCAUAUCGACAAGGGGACCAACACUGAGAGAGAAGAACCAGACAGAGCUGUGGAGAAGGUUGUGAGGGAUCAGAGGGAUGCAGCAGUGGCAACGGAGAGCACAGGUGGAGCCGCCUCACAGCAGGAGCAAACCCAGCUUCCGGUGAACGCAGACGGCCUCCUGGAGACCCUCAGAAGGAUGGAGGCGAUGGUCAACAGCGCCCUGGAGGCUGCCGAGCUGGUGAGAGAGAGCGAGCAGAGGGUGAGCCAGGUGAGACUGAGGAUGGAGAGCAUCACUCAGAGGGUGGAGGAGGCUCUGGACCGAGCAGCCGAAACUGACGAGCAGCUGAACGUUCUGGAGGCAAGGGUGACAGAAAGUACUCCAACUCAGAGUCCUGCUCCCAGGCUGCCAGCUGAUCUCGAAACAGACGUCACUGGCUUUACGGCUGAGUCUGACAAGAAGCCUGAAGAUGGAGACAGUCCUCCUCCGUCUCCUUUGUCUUCUGUAAUCCCAGAAGUCAGUGAGCCUCCUCAGCUACUCAUGGAUGGUGUCACAGGACGAGGCAGCUGCAGCAAGCUCCAGGAAAAGGAGGAACACUUUCUGCAGGAAUCUCCUCUUAAGCAAAGUGACCAGAACUCCGAGGAGUCCCGUCCUACCCCCUGUGCCUCUGAGAAACCUUUCAUUUUCCCUCACACCCGCUCACGCCCCCCGCUGCUCCCCGCCAUGCCCACGCUGCCCGAGGAAGAGGAGGACUCCCCUGAGGAGCAGGACAGCUCCUCCAGCUCUCCCAGUACAACUGCACCUGCCGAGAGUCGAGCUGUUGUCAUGACUGCUCCAACCAUCGUCUACCCACAGCAGGCUACUAUUAUUCAACAAGAUGGACGUCCUCUGGAGCAGACCAGGCCGCACAGUCCCAGAGCGCGCAUGGCCAGGAACUCCUCUGGGGGACCAAUCACCACAGUCGACAGCACAGGUAACGUGAUCGACCUGGUGAAAGAUCAGCUGCCAGAGCUGCAGCUCUCUGAGGAGGAUCGACAGAAGAACCUGGAGCUGCUCCAACAGGCCAAGAAGGUCAGCGACCGUUUCCUGACACGCCGCGGCCGCCGCUCCCUCACUGACUCGCCCACAGGUCUUUCUCCAACUCCAACUCCGUCAACCUCACCGUGUUCAUCUAGAAGCAGCUCACUGACUGUGGCUCCUCAAAAUGCUCCCACAGAGGCAACAUAUGUCAGCUCUCAGUCGGCUGGUCAGCAUCUGGAAGUUCCUUCAGUGCGAGAACAGCCUGACGUAACAACCAAGGAUCCGGAGGGCAACAGACUGCUGGUGGACUGGAAGCCCUCUGAGAAGAGGAAAGUGUCCUCUGGGACACUAACGCCCCGUUUUGCCGUUCAGAAGGAGAACUGUGAUCCUGCUGUACCGAGGAGUCCUCCAGCAAGUAGUAAAGCAGAUGAGGGACCUGGUUCAGGCCGCAACUCAAACCAGGCCCCGGCCACAGGGGUGGCCAAGCCCGUCCCCCGACCCCCGACUCAACUGGCCCCCUGUACAGCAGAGAUCAAGACGAUUGGGGCUUUCCCUCCACUAAUGAGGGCUGUUUCCUGGGAUGCUGUAGGCAGCCUUAAUUCUAGAAACGGAGCCCCGAGUUUCCCUCCGACACCAGAGGAUACCUUCUCAGACAAGCCCAGGGAUGCCGUCUUCAAGUCCUCAGGGUACAAGGACCUCCCCACCCAGCCGGGAGGUGUACAGAAACUGUCUAAAUUCAGAGAGGAGCACAAGAUGAUGCGUAACCAAAGCAUUGUGGGAUCCAAGUUGCCAGACUUGAGUGAAGCGGCUGAACAGGAAAAAGGUCCUCCAGCUUCUCCAAACUCAGGCAGUAAUGAGGUGAAGGAGAAGUCCGAUGCCAUGCCAAACAUUUCAGAUGUGAUGCUGAGAAAACUCAAACUCCACCGAGGUCUACCGGGCUGUGCACCUCCACUCACUGAAAAAGAAGUUGAGAACGCAUUUGUCCAGCUGUCACUGGCAUUUCGGAACGACAACUACACUCUGGAGAUGCGGCUCAAACAGGCAGAGAGGGAGAGGAACCUGACUGAGGAAGACACCGAGAAGGAGCUGGAAGAGUUCAAAGGAGCACUGAAGAUUACUUCACCGCAGUGGCAGAACUUGGAGCAGCGUGAGGCCUACCAGCGCUUCAUAGAGACCAUAGCUGUGCUGCACCGACUGGCCACGCGGCUCUCCAGCAGAUCAGAGAUCGUCGGAGCAGUUCGACAGGAGAAACGUAUGAGCAAAGCCACUGAGGUCAUGAUGCAAUAUGUGGAGAAUCUGAAGAGGACCUAUGAGAAGGACCACGCAGAGCUCAUGGAGUUCAAGAAGCUCGCCAACCAGAACUCAAACCGCUGUUACGGAGGCUCCGUCGAACCUGGAGAUGAUGGAGUUCCACGGCCGUCAAGAUCUAUGUCCCUCACUCUUGGAAAGGCUCUGCCCAGACGUAGGGUGAGCGUAGCGGUGGUGCCUAAGUUUAACCUCCUGAACAUCCCGGGUCAGAGUCCAGCUACAGCUGGCCCAGGCCCCAACACAGGACCCACCGCUGCUGCUGCUCUUCCUGUCCUGUGUGAAGGGAAUGAUGUGAAAGCCAACACUCCUACAGAGGCGGCACAACCAGCAGCAGAAUGUGGAAAGAGUGUGUCGGAGCAGGAAAGUGAGCCAGCCAAACCUCCAGUCAACUUAGAGGAGAUCAGAGCCGAGAUCAGAGCCGAGCUCAAGGCGAAGAUCGAGGAGGAGGCAUAUAAUAAAGGCUACCAAGAGGGACUGAAGCAAAGUAAAGUGCUGCAGGAGGAGAAACAGGAAGAGGAAAACACUGCAGAGAAGUUGCUGGAAUUGAAAAAUAAGGAUGAGGAGAGUGGAAAGAAGAGAAGGACCAACAGGAGGAUGGAGGAGGUCGUGGUUCGUCUUGGUCGUUAUUGUCCUGAGAUUCCCUUGAAUCGACGACUUCUCUGGAUCGCCCUGAUGCUGUUUGUGGCAAUGUGUAUGGUUAUCAGUAUUUUCACGUUCUUCAGUGACUACUACAACAGACGUGAGGACACGUAAGUAGAGACGGACUUUGUGCAAGGCGAGAUGAAGAUCUUUGGACUGAGUUUAGCAGAACUACCAAAGAACCCAAAAUAACAGAGUCGUCCUCUCGCUCUGUUAGUUUACCAUAUCACUACACUCAGACACUCGGACUCACUUGAAUCCAUGACCCCGACUCUAAGGGCCAAAGACAUUUUGGGAGGCUUUAUGGAUGAUGCUGCCUUUGUCUUACUUAACAGCAUUAAGUUAUAAUUUUGUUUGGAUUGAAAACCUUACUGAUUGUUUGCUGCAGUGAAUUAAAAGAUCAUUUUUGUCUAGGGACCAAUUAUAUAGUGUGAUGAUAUAUACAUACAUAUAUUUAAAAACGAUGCAUAUGUAAUGACAUCUUCUGGUUUUUGGUACUUUUUUCUAAGGCAAUUGCGUUAAAUGCCACCAUAAAAAGUAUCAACACUCUAAUGUUGAAGUAUACUCUCUCAGGUCCAAUAGAUAAUGAAGCCCCUGAGAGAUUUUGAACUAAUAUUUAAAGAUAUAGAAAAUAAAGGAAUGUCUUUAUGUUGUGUUUAAUUGCUGUAAUGAGUAUUUAAAUACUUUAAGAUAUAAGCACAUUCCAAAGUAGUUCCUAAAGUGCAAUAUUUUGCAGUUGAUGGUUCUCGUUUGUGCCAUUUUGGAUUGUGUCUUCAGAGCACUGACGGAUUUUCUUCUUGUACGAGAGCACUGAUUAGAUGGCAUGAGGCUUAUUUUUUAUCUUUGCACAUGUGUGCCUUCCUGUGUGUUUGUUCUUUGUGGAUUUGAUGCUCUGCUACUUCACCUUUAAAUAAAGGUGCCUGAAAAGA